AUGGCAUCUGCCUCCGCCUCUGCCUCUGCUCCUCGAGACCGUCACGGCUUCAAAGUCGCUCUUAUAUGUGCAUUGCCGGAUGAAGCCAGCUGCGUCCAAGCAUUAUUUGACGAAUUCUGGGAUGGUUACGGCAAGGCGCCUGGAGAUGACAAUGCCUAUACGGUGGGGUCAAUGGCCAGGCACAAUGUCGUCCUCGCUCACCUGCCGGGUAUGGGCAUACCCACUGCAGCGGGAGCGGCAGUAGGUUUGCGAGCGAGCUUUCCAGAAAUCAAAUUGGCCCUGGUGGUUGGCAUGUGUGGAGGCGUUCCCUACGGAACCCAAAAUGAGGAGAUCAUACUAGGCGACGUCAUUAUCAGCCAGGCAGUGAUAAAAUAUGACUUUGGAAGACAGUAUCCGGAAAAAUACCAGAUAAAGGAUACUGUCGAGGAUCGCCUCGGCAGGCCCAGCCUUGGUAUCCGAGCUCUUCAGGCGCAGUUGCGAACCCAUCACUAUCAGGCAAAGAUGCAACAGAACAUCGCAACGUUCCUCCGAGCCAUUCAGAACAAGUUACCUUAUACGCUGCUCCCAGGUAGCGAGAACGAUGUCCUCUACCAUUCUUCCUACCUACACAAGCACCAUUCACAUGCAGCUUGCGACAAGUGCUGUGAAGGCGAUUCGCAGAUAUGUGAGGAGGCCCUCAAGAUGGAUUGCGAGGACCUGGGGUGUAGUGCGACCAUGCUGGUAGCCCGCAAUCGGCUGACCCAUGCAUCGACAACACAGCCUCGCGUUCACUUUGGCAUAAUGGGUUCAGGUAAUACGGUAAUGAAAUCAGGACAACACCGUGACUUACUGGCUAGGGCCGAGGAUAUCAUUGCCUUUGAGAUGGAGGGGGCGGGGGUCUGGGAAUAUUUCCCCAGCGUCAUCAUCAAAGGAGUGUGUGACUACGCUGACAGCCACAAGAGAAAGACCUGGCAAGGGUAUGCAGCGGCAACGGCCGCCGCGUGCGCAAAGGCUUUCUUGACACAGUGGGUUCCGGAAGAGUCACCAGGAAGCUCAAGUCAGCACAAAGAGGUCACACGAAUGGAAAAGUUAUCCGAAAUCUUGGAGUGGCUUUCUCCAGUCGGUUUCUGGGGCAAACAGAACGGUCUCCUCCAGCGCGCACAGCCUGGAACUGGCAUGUGGAUUUUUGAGGAACCUCUGUUCAAAUCGUGGCUCGCCAAAGAGCAUCAAUUUGUAUUAUGCUCCGGUGAGGCUGGCGCCGGCAAAACUAUGCUUUCGUCAAUCAUCAUUCAAUAUCUCUCUCAAUCAAAGAGACAGAAUGAAGCCCUUGCGUGGAUUUAUGUUGACUACCGCGAGCAUGACUUGCAGAGCAUGGAGAGCCUUCUUACCAGUCUACUGGCUCAACUGUUGCAUCAGCGUGGCCAAGUAUCCGAGUUCAUGAUGAAAGCUCUCGGUUCCGACUGGUACCAAGCAAAGCCAACGCUCGCCGACUACAGAUCGUGGCUUCGGCACGAAAUACAGAAAUUCGAUGGGACAACUAUCGUUAUUGAUGCACUCGAUGAGUCGCGUACUCUGGAGCUCGGCAAGAAUCUUAUCAAUGAACUUCAGCAACUCGAGCCGGCAAUCCAGAUCCUUGCCACUUCCCGGCCAUAUGCAUGGAUUCAUGAAUUCCAGGGGAUGACGGAAAUCGAAGUCCGUCCCCAGCAAAAAGACGUCGUCCUUUAUGUCGGAACUCGACUCGCAAGAAGUCCACGGCUACGAGAUCAUAUCCAAACGAAUCCCGCCCUCGCCCAGCUCAUAAUCGAAAAGCUAACGGAGGCAAAUGAUAGAAUGUUUCUGAGGGCAGAGCUCAUUCUCAACCUAUUUGAACACAUCGAGAGCGUGGAAGAAGUGGAAGAAACCCUCAGGACACUUCCACCUACUUACGAUGGGUGUUACGAGUUCAGCCUGAAGCAAAUUGAGAGGCAAGAACCAACACAGCGCGACAAAGCAUUAUAUCUCUUAGCCUUUCUUGCCUAUUCACUCCUACCACUGACUUUCGAGGCUAUACAACAUGUAUUUGCCGUCAGAUCUGGCAAUCUCGAACUUGACAAAGAAAAGCAGAUUACUCUUGAAGAAAUCCAAUCUAUCUGCCAGGGGCUUGUGAUUGUUCAACAAGUAAAGGGCACAAGGACCCUCCGCCUUCUGCACGAAACGGCAAACAAAUACCUGAGGGACUAUCGAUCGGUAGAUUUCCCCCCUGGUCAUGAGAUCAUCAUGAGAUCAAGUCUGGCUUACUUAUCAUUGCCAUGCUUCUCCCGAUUGUGUAUCACGCAAUGCGUGAUCGAGGAGAGAUCGCAAAAGUACCCCUUUUAUGGAUAUGCAGCCGAGAAAUGGCCGGAACAUGCUAUCCACGGAGGACUCGAGUCAGAAUUUCAAAACUUGAUCGUUGACCAUUUGGAGAGCGUUCAGCGGCAAAGUGCUGAUGAGUUUAUGGGUAUAUAUCGUCCAAGCGCCUGGGGCUGGAAGCACGGCACUCUUUGGACCGAUUGGAACAAAGUUUCCCACAAAAGGAGAGAUACUCCUCUCCAUGCCGCGGCUGCAUAUGGAUUGAGGCAGACACUAUGCUUCCUGCUUAGAGAGAAAGGCUAUGGGAAGGAAAUCCGCAACAAUUUCGACGAAACUGCGUUACAUCGAGCGGCACAGUCAGGGAAAGCGGGAGUCAUGGAGGAUCUCCUGCGCCAGGGUGCCAACCCGGGAGCAACUGUCAAGCACCACUAUCUCAAAGAUGCUGACUCACUGAUAUUAGCGACCAUCUGCCAUCAGCUUGACGCAGUUCGGUUUACAAUCAACCACGGUCUGAGUGCGAACAACUCGGAUCCAACGCACGGAAUUCCCCCCUUGCAUCUGGCCGCAAGCAUGUGGACAGAUUUGACUCGGUUGCUGCUGGAUUAUGGAGCCGAAGUCAAUUGUCCCGGCGAUUCGCCUAUAUUCCCGGAGUCGUGGCCCAUGACAAGUCUGCAUUUUGCGGUCUUCAAUGCGAGCAAGUUCGAUGGUGCCCCUGAUAGGCUCGUGCUGCUGUUAGAUCGAGGUGCCAACAUCAACGCACAAUCAGGCACGGGCAAUACACCAUUGCACAUUGCUGCUCUAGGUGGAUAUGAGGACCUUAUCGUCACUUUGUUGCAAAGAGGCGCCGAUUUCGAUAUUGUCAACAAAGAAGGUAGAUCGGCCAUCCAGAUCAUUCGAGAAAAGGGGCUAUUGCAAACCAAUCAAAACAGUCUCCCACGGAACCUUCGCGGGAAGCUAGGCGAUGUUUCUGAUCUUCAUCACGCUGCAUGGUCCCGAGACAACUCGAAGGUCCACGAAUUGCUAAGGCAAGGAGUUGAUAUCGAGAAGAAAGAUCAUGCGGGCGGUACGGUGUGGGACUACUGUAUCAGGAGCGGGAAUGUCGAGCUGGCGAGGAUUCUUGUUGCUCACAUACAGGAGCAGGGCCUGGACGCAAGGAUAGGGUAUGUAGCCUUCGAAACGGCUCUACGAUCGAUGACAACGUUCGACUACACGGACCACGACACCUGGAAGGCUACUUUAAGCAUCUGUGAACUUCUGCUUGGUUACGGUAAGAUGUUCGACCCGAAUCUCGAGUUUGCCCAAGCCAGGAGUCCAAUAUCCAGGUACCAGAAAACAUAUUUGAUCUGGGCAGUCUGGGAGAGAAGGACCGAACAGGUCGAAUUUUUCCUGAAGUGCGGCGCCGACGUCAACGCUGCCGAUGUGUUCGGGGAUACUGUUGUUCAUCACGCCAUUGCGCGAGGAGAUCUGAGCCUUGUGAAGUUGCUGGUAGCUCACGGGUGCAAUUUGCAGCUACGAAAUAUGCAUGGGAUGACUGCCUUUGACUCGGCUCAAGAUCACGACCAGAUCUCGAUCUGGGAAUUUCUCGAGACUAGACGAGCCGAGCAGUGA